CUUUGUAGAUGAUGCCAUUAGGUCUUUUCUCGAUGAGAAGAUGAAACAGUGCUCUGAAUUGGGCAAGCUAUGGGAGCGGCAGAUUGGCAAUAUACAUCCGCGAGCAUUCUCCUUAAACAUUGGCGGUUGCAAGGAUUUAAUCCAGCGUUUGGAGCGCUAUGCUGAGCUCUCUGGCCACGAUGGAUGCGUCAACACUGUGCAUUUUAAUCCCAGCGGAGACAUUCUCGUCUCUGGAUCCGACGACAAAGAGAUUGUGUUUUGGGACUGGGCUGCUCGCUCCAAAAAACUCUCUUUUAACUCUGGGCAUGACAACAAUGUGUUCCAGGCCAGGAUCAUGCCUUUCUCCAACGAUCGAAGCGUUGUGACCUGUGCUGCCGAUGGCCAAGUCAGGCAUGCUGUAAUCUCUGAGAAUGGUUGUGUUAGCACAAAGAAGCUGGCACAGCACCGAGGGCGAGCUCACAAGCUUGCCAUCGAGCCUGGAAGCCCGAGAACAUUUUUUAGCUGUGGAGAAGAUGGCGAUGUUCAUCAAUUCGAUUUGCGAGAGGGCGGCAACAUGAAGAUCGUCACUUGCAAGGGGCGUCCCGUGAUCUACCUCAACGCCAUUGUCAUCAACCCGCGCAACCCAAACUAUUUCGCCGUGGGAGGAUCCGACGAGUUUGCUCGAGUCUACGACAUCCGCAAGGUCAGCUCCAGCGGCGAAGUGGAUUCCCCCGUCGACGUCUUCGCUCCAAAGCACCUCAUCGGCACCAAGCAGCACGUCCACAUUACGUGCGUCGCGUACUCCCAGCAAGAGGAGCUCCUCAUCUCCUACAACGACGAGCUCAUCUAUCUCUUUGACAAAGGUGGAGGACUCGGCCCUUCUCCGCCAAGUCCCAGCGCUUCUUCCAGCACCAAGGAAGAAGCAGCAGCAGCCACACGGGUUCCAAACAAAGCCGAAGGAGGCGGCAAAGCCACCAACGAGGCAGAAGAAGAAGGCAAGCGUAACGUUAGCAAAGAAGAGAACAAAGAGGAAGGCAACCGCGAAGGAAAAGCAAGAGACAAAGGAGAUCAAAACGAGGAGAACGAGAAGAAAGAGUAUGAGGUUUACAAGGGCCACAGGAACGCGCAGACCGUCAAGGGCGUCAACUUUUUCGGUCCAAACUGCGAGUACGUGGUCAGUGGCUCCGACUGUGGCAACAUCUUCAUCUGGAAGAAGCGAGGCGCGGAGCUCGUCGCGAUGAUGGAGGGCGAUCGCCAGGUCGUCAAUUGUCUGGAGCCGCAUCCCAGCGUCACCGUUCUUGCCACCAGCGGCAUGGACGACAGUGUCAAGAUCUGGGCUCCCACGGCUCCAACGAUCCAGCCGCUUCCAAAGAACGCUCAUAAGGUUAUGGAGAAGAACAAGCUUAGUCGAGAGGACAAGCACUCCAUGCCUGACUUUCUUAUGCUCAGCCUCAUCCACGCAGCGCAUAUGGGCGAUUUCGAUCGCUUCAGGCGCGUGAGACGACGAAGAUGAGGAGCAAUGUGGAAGAACAGGGAAAGAGAAAAGGAAAUGCAAAUCUGGAGGUUAGCCAGACCUUAUAAUCUUGUGUUAUAACUCAAACUUUAGCAUUUCACAAUUUAAGGAGAUGGAGUAAACAGUUUUCUUCUUGAAUUUCAA